CACUACAAAACAGCAGCAACAAUAUUACGUAGUAAAACACGCUUUAUCACAUUUUUACAUCUGUGGAAAUAAAACUGAAAUAAAUUAAUUUCUAAAGGCGAAACAGAACUAGUAGCGAUGGAAUGCAAGAGGAGUGAGACCUCCUUUUGUAACUUGUCUCUGCCCUGCUUGUACUGUGUGCGCGACGGAUGGAAGCUAAUCACAGUUCGAAGGUCCUCUCCUGACUACGUUCGACAUUUUUAAUGGGAGGCAGGCAUGACCUCCCGUCGUCUAUAAACUCUCCACAAUGAAAGAGUGGUGGUUACAUGUCUUACUGAUCUGCGUCCCGCUGCUGGCCGUCUACCUGCACAUCCCGCCGCCUCAACUAUCACCUGCGCUUCAGAAGUGGCACAAUGCUGGCAGAUUGUUCACCUUCAGAGGCAGCGACAUCUUCUACACAGACUCUCAUGGCGCUUUGGGGAGCUCUGACAUUGUCGUCCUUCUCCACGGCUUCCCCACCUCCAGCUAUGACUGGAACAAGAUUUGGGAGCCUCUCACUCAGCGCUUCAACCGGGUCAUAGCGCCAGACUUCUUGGGUUUUGGCUUCAGCGACAAGCCUCGACCACACAAGUACUCCAUCUUUGAGCAAGCUAGCAUGGUGGAAGCCCUGCUGGCUCACAUGGGUCUGGCCAAUCAGCGCGUCAACCUGGUUUCACAUGACUAUGGAGACACAGUGGCGCUUGAGCUGCUCUACAGGAGUGACCAGAACCGCACUGGUCACCUCACCAUCAACAGCCUGUGUCUCUCCAAUGGAGGCUUAUUUCCAGAAGCCCACCACCCUCGCCUGCUGCAGAUGCUCCUCAAGGACUCCAGUUUCCUGGCUCCAGUCCUGAUGCGUCUCACCAACUACAAGAUCUUCCAGAAGGGGAUCGGGGAGGUUUUUGGGCCGUACACGCAACCCACAGACGCCGAAUUCUGGGACAUGUGGACGGGUCUGCGAUACAAUGAUGGAAACCUGGUUUUGGACAGUGUUCUGCAGUACAUCAACCAGAGGUUAAAGCACAGAGAGAGAUGGGUUGGUGCCCUCACAUCCACCUUUGUACCCUUGCACAUGAUCUAUGGCCCCCUGGAUCCAGUCAACCCGCAUCCACGCUUCAUCCGUCUUUACCAGAAGCUGGUGCAGCGGUCAACAGUCAGCGUUUUAGACGAGCACAUCAGUCACUACCCCCAGCUGGAAGACCCCACUGGCUUCCUCAAUUCUUACUUUAACUUUAUUCACUCCUUCUGAGCCCAUCAAUAAAUAGUUUUGUACUAAAA